AUGUAUUUCAUGACAAUCACUGUGGUGGUUUUGGGUGGUUUUUCGGCGAUCUUUAUUCGCUUCCCCCCAUACCACAUUGUGGACCGUGAGAAGAAAACAGUGCCGCAGGACAUUCAGCAACGGCGGCGGCUCAUUGAGCCCUACUAUCUGCGACAACGGCCACCAAUGCGGCGCUUUCUUCUAGAUUUUGUUAUCACCAUCGCGCUGAUCAUCUACCUGACUACUGAGUCGCUAUGCUUCGCUUACAUCAGUGGUAUCCCAGACAACACCCGCAUUGGUAUCACCAUUGGGGCGAUUGUGCUUGUACUCUCACUGUCCCUGAUUGCGGCGCCCUUUCCAUUCCUUGGCGGCAUGUCGGUACCACCGAAAGAGGAGCUCCCGCCACUCCCUGAGAAUUCACCGGGAGUGCAUCAGCUGUCUUCAGAGGGGAACGCAGCGGCAAGUGGGAAUGAUGUCGAAAGGGACGAAAAUGUGGCCAAACUUGACCCGCAGUACCAGGGCACGUUCUGGGAGGACUUGCGUACGCUGGACCUGUGGUUGAUGUGGUGGAACACACUGGCGACGUGGGGUUGCGGACUCAUCGUCAGCUUCAACAGCGCCCAAAUAUACCGCGCGCUGAAUGAUAAUGAGUAUGAUGCUGCUACGAAUGCGAUGUACUCGGCGAUCAUCGGCGUCGGGAGUGCCUUUGGCCGUAUUUUAGUCGGUGGCUUGGAGACAUAUAUUCUUCGACGCGAUCCUGAAAAGCGCCCUGUGAUCACCUGCCUCUACCCGAUUGCGUCGUGCACCCUUGUGCUGGGAAUGGUGUUCCUGUUGGCUCUGCCUCUUCGCUCCAAGGCAAUUCUGAUUGGUUUCUUUUUGGGCUCGUUCGGUAACGGGGCCAGCUGGGCGAGUACGGCCUUGACGCUGCGCUCCCUGUACGCAAAAGACAUCGGCAAGCACUACAACUUCAUGGCGUCGGGUGCACUGAUAGCUGUCAUUGCACUGAAUCGCUUUGCAUACGGCGAGCUGUUGUCACAGCAGGCAAGGAAGAAUGGGACGUACCCCUAUUGUGGUGGCAAGGCAUGUGUCCAGACCGCAUUCAUCAUCCUGCUCUGUGUUAAUGUUACAGCCGUUGCGGCAAGUUUAUUGGUGCAUAUCCGCUACCGCCGCUUCGUGAAGAAGGGCCGAGCAGACCGGUCUUCGAAGGCUGCUGCCUCACGACAGCCGGUUUCAGUUGAUGAUGCUGAAAUCUCUCCUUUCUCUGAAAAAAAAUGA